AACCAGUAAUCAGUCAGCUCUCUGGCCAACCAUAUUACGAGCCGCAAGUCGAGACAGAUUUAUAAUUUCCGAGGGGAACAGAGUGUUUUUGGGUAGGCUACUGAACCAAAGAAAUGAUGUCUUCUGACAAAGAAAGUAAAGGAGGAAAUACGUCUGAUGACAACACCCCGACCAAGCGUCACAGCCCAAGAUGUGUUCCUGUCCACCCGAAAGAGUUCCCAGCCAAAGCGCAGCUGGAGAAAUUGUUUGUUGAGAAUACCGUCGCCAUGGAGCCAGACGUCCCUCGCCGAUGGCUGGAGGGGGAUAUGUUGUGGGGGAAGAUCAAAGGAUAUCCUUACUGGCCAUGUAUGGUGUCGAAGGAUCCAUUCUCAAAACUUUCUGCAAAACCUACAGGGCCAAUGAAAGCUUUCUGGAGCUACCACGUCCAAUUCUUUGGUGCUGAUGCAGAAAGAAGUUGGGUCAAUGAAGCUUCUGUACUAGUCUUUGAGGGUCGAGAGAAAUUUCUGGAAAUUGUUCAGUUUGGAUUGGAGAGUCCUUCUAAGAACUGUAAGAACCCAGAUUGUUUCAGAAUUAGCACAGCGUGGUUCCCGAUGUGGAACAUGGCUGUGGCUGAGGCAGAGGCAGCUUUCAAACUGUCUCGUGUGGAGAGGGUGGAGCAGUAUGCCUUCAAGUAUAUUGUGAUCCAAGGAGAUAAGGAGAGACCAGUGGACAAACUGUUGAAGGCAAUAUGGCGGCGGUGUGGCAUGAAACACACAGAUAAUGACCAGAACAUAAGCGAGGGUGCUGGAAGCGAUAGUGAUAGUGACGGAGAUGAGUUUGGGUAUAGAGAGAGAAAGCAAAGAGCUGUUUACGAUUCUGAUGACUUCUACAGUUCAGACGAGGAAUCGUCCUGUGAGGCAAAACGUUGGAGGGUGCCUGUCAUCAUCACCGUGAGAGAAGGUCAGUUUGACGUAUUUCUGUCGACGCAUACCCGCCACAUACAGUCGGCUCACGCAGCAUGGAGUUCAGCAGACGUGAAAGAACAUCUGCGACAACAGUGGUGUUUGAUGUCUCGUCUGCAGCGGAGCAGGUAUGUGUCUCGACAUCAGAAGCCUGUGAGACGAGAGGUGCGGCGGUACAGACAACAGUCAGUGGAGAUCUUAGAAGACACUGGUGUAUUGGACCCCUUGACCCUUGACCUCUGUGUCCUGAAACUGUCUAUGACCUCUGUACUUUCUGCCACUGACCUGCCCAUCUGUGUGGUGUGUGCGGGCAAGGAUGAUGUGCUGGAGUGUGAGGGUCUGUGUGGGGUGUUUCUUCAUGCGAGAUGUUCCCGAAGUGGGGAUGGAUCUGUGAGGUGCUGCUACUGUGACUCUGACAGUCCAGUGUGUUUUUGCUGUCAAGCAUCCGAUGUUAAUCUAAAACAGUGCGAUGACCAAAGCUGUGUCAAAUGGUACCACGAGGAAUGUGUUCAGACCCUGAGACACACGCGUGCUAGACAAGGCAGCUUCGCAUGUCCACGACACUUAUGUCACUCUUGUGAAGUGAGCUGCUCAGAGAAAAACCAAGUGUCCAUUGACCUCUGCCAAUGUGUGCACUGCCCCGCUGCCUACCACGCCACUGACCACUGUGUGCCGGCCGGCAGCCGACUGCUGACCAAACGCCUACUGAUUUGUCCAAGGCACUUCAAGCCUAGCAAGAAACAGUCACAACACUCCAGCGUGCAUGUGAAGAAAUGCCUCAGCUGUGGUCAAGGAGGUGAACUCCUGUCCUGCUGUGAGUGUCCUGCGGCAUAUCACGUUGACUGUGUGAGUGCUGUAGGUGGUACAGUGACCUGUAGCCUUGACUGCAGGCACUGGCAGUGUGUUCAGUGUGUCACGGGGCUGCAGAUCCUGUAUGGAGAGAUUGUCUGGGCAAAGCUAGGCAACUACAGAUGGUGGGCAUGUGAGGUCUGCCACCCUGGAUACGUCCCACAGAGGGUCAGGAAGAAGACCCCAGUGGUUGGAGAGUUUCCAGUUCGGUUCUUUGGUUCACAGGAUUUUGCCUGGUUGCACAGGGGCAGGUAAGCAGUGUUUACACGAAGGAUAUACUCUCUUCUACUUAGCCAACUAGUAGGUGGGUCAAUCAUAGGUCUUUAGCUUAUGCCAGAAAGAGACAGGGGAGAG